UUAUAAGGCCCACGCACACGCACAGCCGUACGAUUCUCUCCACACCCGUUGACCAGUGUCUCCGCCACCCAGGCAUGAUGGCGUUCCUUCAGCAAAUGCGUUCCCCGGCGCUCUCCUUCAUUCAGACGGUCGUGUCUCUCUGCCUGGCUGCCAUGGCGCUCACGUCCUCCUACUGGUGUGUGGGCAAACAGAAGGUACCCAAGCCUCUGUGCUCCCCCACCAAGCAUAGCAAAUGUAUCCCGGUUCCCGGCCUGUCCAACUCGUCCAGUGUCCAGUUAUCCUGGGAGACGGGAGACGACCGCUUCGUCUUCCCCGUCUUUCACACGGGCCUGUUUGUCACUUGCGAGGAGAACAUCUACACGGAUGCGUGGGAGGAGAAGUGUCGGGGGUUCUACACUUUGACACCGAGUUCUGAAAGAGGUGACUUGCAUCCCUCCUUCUGGGCACAUUUUAAAUUGCUCGUAAAUUCUUUCGGAUGCUUUGUCCUUCUCUUUUCUCUCAGCCAUGAUGUGGCUUUCGCUGUCCUUGGAGCUCCUGUACGUGGGUCUGCUGCUCAUCAGCUGCAUCCUGCUCUCUGUGCAGUUGUGCAUCAGGGCCUGGUUCCCCUCCACGCAGCGCUGCGGCCAGCUGCUCAACGCCUUUGCUGCUGUUUUCACAGUCUUGGGAGGUCUGCUUGGAAUGGUGGGUCACAUGAUGUUCAUGCAAGUGUUUCAGACUACAGUGUCCAUGGGCCCAGAGGACUUCAAGCCUCACAGUUAUGGCUACUCUUGGGCGUUCUACGUGGCCUGGUUCGCCUUCACUGUCUGCAUGUCAGCUGGAGUCUCCACCCUGAACAACUACACAAAGAACGUCCUCAUGGUGGGAGCCCGGCUGAACUCCAGCCUCAACCCCUUCAACUUUGUGGGGCUCCUGCCCCCGGCACCUUAUUUCUCUGCACCCAACUCCGGCAUGGUCCGCGCUUUUCACCAAUCCCACGCGCCAAUCUCCCAUUUGUCCCCUUACUACGAGCAGCCGCCAUCCAAGUCACCACCACCACCACCACCCGGUAAGCCUUCCUACUCCAUUCCUCUACCCUACUCGGCGUCCUUCCCUCCUCCGUCCUCCCACCUCGCGUCUGCAUCCCCUUUGCACCGCUUGUCCCUCCCAUCUCCAUCUCACUCGCCCAGCUCACCCGCUCUUGUCCGUGGACCCCUGAAAGGUCAUCAGGAGAACAUGGUCCCCCUUUACACGACGCAGGAUUACUGCAGCCCUCUUUGAACCCUUAUGGUGCAGUUCAUUCGGUCAGGUGCUAACACAGUUUUCGAACUCGUGUGCGGAUCAA